UUGAGAGACAGUACAAGACAGAAUCAGCUGUACGAACGGAGAGAAGUUGAAUUUGUCUUCUCUCUACGCCAAGAGGCUGUGUCAGUGUGGGUGCAGUUCCGCAUGUGUUACGUUCUGUGAGUCUCCUUGGAUGAGCACGUUGCUGAGACACAGUGCGGAGAGAGAGAGAGAGAGAAUGCAGCUGGGAGCAUGAGUCCUGACGGAGAGGAGUAUGACAUGUUCUGUCAGAAAGCUGUGACCCUGAUUGUUGACCUUUGCCUCCAGAACAACCAGCUACUGGACCAAGACACCUGUCAGGAUUUCCUAUUUAUGCUGUCCAACCAGAAUUUGGACCACAAGGAACCAGACGUCACUUUUGGCCUCCUCCUCUGCGUGUUUCUUCUCUGUGGCCUGGCCCUACUGACUCUCUGUGCCUUCGCCUCCUGGAAGCUGUGUUGGGUGCCUUACUGGCAGAACAAGGCGGCAGCAACCCUCUCCUCCAGCUCCGCAGCCCUCACCCCAGCCUGUGGUCCCCCAGACAACUCCUCCCCAUUCCACCUCAAAGUCCACCCUCCCCGCUCUCACCGCGAGCAACUGUUCCUCCCCAGCCCCACCCAGCAGAAGUCACCGGUCACCAUGGCGACAGAAAAGGUGAAGGACCCGAUGGGCUCCAUGGGCUUCCUGGAGGCAGCGGUGAAGAUAAGCCACACGUCACCUGACAUCCCUGCCGAGGUGCAGCUCUCCAUGAGGGAGCAUUUCAUGAGGCGCACGCAACGCAUGCAGCGACAGGCCACCGAGCCAGCUUCUUCCACUAGCCCUUGUGAAUACUUGCUGCCCCAGAGUAUGUGCUGUUCAUUAAAUCCAAGACACAGCUCAUUCAAAAGACAUCUGCCCAGGCAGAUGCAAUCGAUCAGCCUGGAUCUUGGCAAUGACUAUGUGGAUGAAGAUGAGAAGCCCACCAGCAUCGGACGUUUUAAACCAGAACUCUACAGACAAAAGACUCUGGACACGGAUGAGUCUGCCAAGAACAGCGACGCCAAGACCUGUGGGAAGAUCAACUUCUCCCUGAAGUAUGACUACGAAAACGAGGCCCUCCUCGUCAACAUCCUCAAGGCGUUCGACCUGCCCGCCAAGGACUUGUGCGGCAGCUCUGAUCCCUACGUCAAAAUCUAUCUCCUCCCCGAUCGCAAGAAGUUCCAGACGCGCGUCCACCGGAAGACGCUUAACCCCACCUUUGACGAGUCCUUCCAGUUCCCCGUGCCUUAUGACGAGCUUGCUGCUAGGAAGCUCCACAUGAGCGUGUUUGACUUUGACAGGUUCUCCAGGCAUGAUAUGAUCGGGGAGGUGGUGGUGGACAACCUCUUUGAAACGUCAGACCUCUCCAGGGAGACCUCCAUUUGGAAGGACAUUCAGUAUGCCACCACUGAGAGUGUAGACUUAGGAGAGAUCAUGUUCUCCCUAUGCUACCUGCCGACCGCAGGGCGACUCACUCUCACCGUCAUCAAGUGCAGGAACCUCAAGGCCAUGGAUAUCACUGGAUACUCAGAUCCAUAUGUCAAAGUUUCUCUCAUAUGCGAUGGGAGGCGUUUGAAAAAGAAGAAGACGACCAUCAAGAAAAACACUCUGAACCCCACAUACAAUGAGGCCAUCAUCUUCGACAUCCCCCCAGAGAGCAUGGACCAUGUCAGCCUUCAUAUCUCUGUCAUGGACUAUGACCUGGUAGGACACAAUGAGAUCAUUGGUGUGAACCGCGUGGGGUGCACUGCUGAGGGGCUUGGCAAGGGCCACUGGAAUGAAAUGCUGGCAUACCCACGGAAGCCCAUUGCACACUGGCACCCCCUGCUGGAGGCAAAGAAAUCAGAGAAAGAGUGGAAAACGCGGACGGCCAGUUUCGACAGCCAGGGCUCCUCUCCCUCCCCAAAGCCCCCUGCUAGUCCCUGAGUGGAACCAGCUGUGACCUGAGUGGUAUGGCCCAGGUUUGGCUAGGGUCUCCUCUGUCCUACUAACCCUGCAUUCUGUCUGGUCUGUCUGCCUAAGCCUGAGAAGAAACAUAACCUCACAGUCUCUCUGUCUUUGCUCUCCCUCAAGUGUAGCAACAGAGUGCUCCCACUUCUAAAAUCUAAUCUUGGAUUAGCAAUUCUGUAAGAUGUUUGAAAAGUAACAAUGCUUUUACUUUACAUGAAGUGUUGAAGUGUGGUUUAUUUAUCUGGUUUUAUUCUAAGUUCAGCUUCUCUCACCAAAAGGUAGAUUUUGUCAUCUGAGAGUGAUGGUUUACAGUGUGUCUAUCUCUGGGUUAACACUAGAUAAUGGACUAUGAUUGCAGUGCUGUCACAGGGACCUGGCCUGGAGCUUCUGCUCAGCACCGCAGAGAUCUUUGAUGUGAGGCCUCACUUGGAUAUCACACGUUAAAAAUGGUUGAAGUUUCUAAGAGAGAGUUCACAAUAGUAUUUUCCCCCCAAUAUAAUCCAUUACAUGUCGACGAAUAAUGAACACAACUUAAAGAGAUGCAUUUGAACAGUCAUAUAGUGUUCGGCAAGUUUAUAAAGGGGCAUAGUAUCAACAAAUACAUGUUUAUAUGCAACACGCCAUUAAACCAGGUAGCACUUCUUGAUUUUUUUUCGUGGGUCAAAGAGAGUUAAAUACUACAGCACACUUAAAGAACUUCCUUAUCUCUUCCCCUCUCUCAUAGUAUUUCCUUGUUAGUCUUUGUGGUGCUGCUUUUGCCUGUUCCUUCAGAGAGUGAAAUCUCAUUACUCCUGUUACCAUACUUUUCCUGUUUUAGCUGAAGGUAUUUCACUUCUUCAACACCUUAUCAUCUUCUGCUCCCUGGGGUUUGUUUGAGCUGAACAUUUCUCUCACUGGUCAUGUAAUUUGUAUUUCCCACUAGAAUACAAAGUGGAUAUAAAACUAGUAAAACUAGUUUUUCCUUUGUUGUUUUCCUCAUCCAUAAGAGAACAUGAAGUACACAAUAAUCAUUGUUUUGCAUAUAUUCUCUAUCAUUAGCCACUACAGAUGGAACCUAGAGCGGUUUCACAAAGGGAUACUUUGAAUCUGCUCUUCAAAUGAGGACCAGUUUAUUGGAAAUUGUUGCAGGGCUGGAAUUGAAUCGAAACAGAUGCUUUGCAUUAUUGAAUACUAUUCCCAAUGUGCUGACAAAACACAGUUUGUCUGCCUUUACAUGUGAGCAGUCAUGUAGCUAAAAUUGUUCUAAUGUACUGUAUGUCUAACAUUUGUACUAUUGGAUCUGAUUAAUAGAUUUAGAAAAAAUGUUAAAAAGAAUCCUGGCUUGAUUAUGAUGGUUAUGUAAUAUUUCUAUUUCUUUCUAGAUUUUGGUACUAUGACAAGUGCAGUGCAACCUUAGUAAUUGAUGUCCUCUCAGUAGUCAAGUGUGUAUCAAACCCACAAAAACAAACUGAUUGUGUAUAGUUUUUUGUGCCAAAUGUGUUUGUAGCAAAGGUAAUUUAUAAUUUGCCCUGUAACCAGAAAAAUAAUACCAAUUAUUGAAAUGAAUGUUUUCUAUUCAGUGACACUAUUUUCUGUGCAAUUUGGUAAACAUACUGUUUCAAUUAUUAGAAAGGAAAAAAAAAGCAGGGACUAUAAUUACCUUUUAAUAAAAGGCUAUGAUUUAAAAGAGGUAUUUUAAUAUUUUUUUUAUUGAUUAGAAGAGUUCCUUUCCUUCCCAGUUGGGUGAUGUCACAAGUAAAACAAAUCAGGAAUCUUUAUCAAUGUUGUAUACGUUGACCCUCACAGUGUUUGGAUUAUUUUACACAUUGACAAGCACGUGUUUGAAAGCAGGUCUGGCUCUUAGCAAAUCCAUGUUGUUAAUAGUAAGGUAGCUGAAGUGAAAUAAAUGCCUUAAUCUGGAUCCCCCAGAUACUGGGCUCGGAACUAACUUCUAUAGCCACAAUUGAUAAACCCAUCCUAUUUCUAAAAUGUUUCUUCUUCAGAUAAAAUGUUAUUCCCAACCACAUUGUUAACCUCAUGCCUAACUCUUCACUUCACUGAAGGCUGGAAAGCUUUGAAGAUGGUAUAAAUCAAACGGGAUGGAGAUGAUGCACGGGGAGGAGUUGUAUUAAACAGACAAACAUAAGGUUACUGUUUAAGCCAUUUCCUUUCUCGUGCAGAGAGGAAUCCACCUCAAUUAGUCUGGGAGGCUGAGAAACCACCAGUGCUAACUGACCAAAAGCUUGGGGCCAACUAGCCGGUGAAGAGUCACGGGUCAAUGUCCUCUAGGUGACAAUCCUCUAAUUGGCAAUUGGCAACACAUAAUGCAGUGAGUCAUGUGUUGGAUUCACACUGUCUUGGUUUCUUUUCACACAAGAUGAUUUAUCAGGUUUCCUCACACGCUAUAUAUAGUUACUGUACUGGUUAGAAUCCUUAUUAAAUGCUGUUGUCAUUACUGGUGGACUCGUAAAAUAUGACUCAUUCCAGUUGUUAAAAAUAGAAAAUGGUAUACCCCUCAGACACCAUUACUGUCUGUCAUGCAUUUUCUUCAGUUGUAAUCAUGGUAGGUGUAACUUGUUGGAUAGAUUCCUGAUUAUAUUCAUGUAAGUUCUGUUAGACUCUUGAUAUCUCACUCAGUUUAUUUCUAUUGGACAGAAGUGGUUGAAAUAACUGAUUGUGGUGUUCCUUCAUAUUUCGAUAGUGGGUUUAAUAAAGAGGAGGGUCUUAUGUUCUGAUAAUAAAGCUUAGCACGUUUGUUUCCACAGUAGGUAAUAAUAUCAUGUUUAAUUGAUUUAGCCUCAGUUUGCGGACGGUUUUAAAGACUGUUUUGCUUUGGCUAUUAUUAUUAUCAUGGUUGUGUUUCUCAAUAUGAUCUUGUAUCCCUUACAUUCAUUAUGGAUAGCACUGACUUUCCAAUUUUGUAUUUCAAAUUUGUACUUGUAAUAUAACUGUUUGACAACUGUGCUUGUAUUUGAAGCCAAAUGCUGUAAGUUCAGAUAAGGGUUUUAUUUUUGGUUCCUUUGAAUCCUGAAUCGUUAAUGAUACUCAUAAUAUGAGGUCCAAUGUGAAAUAAACUGAUCUUAAAAACUA